AAUGAAGGUGAGGAACAGGCUGGAUAGGCAGUCGUUUGACUACAUUUCGAGGUGCAACAGGCGUGAAGCUGAGACUGACUGUAUUUACCAUGGACAGGCUGCGGUUGCUCUCCGCCCUUGUGCUAGCAGUGAUGUCAUGCGCGGCGUCAGGACAGAGAAUUGGCAUCAUUGCCACGGACCUCGGCGUCAACCCUGUGCCCGGAGGCAUCUCGGGGGGGGGCAACGUUGCGCUUCCGCCCGGCUGCUUCUGCAUCCCGGUCAACCAAGUUUGCCCCUUCAGAACUGAAGUUCGAGUUGGAUUUAGACCGGUGGUGGAGCGUUGCCCAGAUGAGAAGGAAUGCUGCUCUUCCAUCGGUGCGACUACGCUCCCGCCGACAUCGCCCCUGGGGUCCUGUGGUAGGCAGAGCGUAGUCCGCGACAUCACCCACGGCCCAGCUUUGUUCGGUGAAUUGCCUUGGAUGACGAUGGUGCUCAACGGGAGAGGUAGCUACGUGGCAGGUGGCGCCCUCAUCUCCAGCGAGUGGGUCCUGACAGCAGCUCACCGGAUCCGAAAUCAAAGGAACCUCAUCGUGCGUCUGGGCGAGCUGGACUUCUCCAAGCCCCAGGACUCGCCCCAGUACACCCACCGAGACGUGCUGAUCGACAACAUCAUCGUGCACCCGCAGUUCAACUCCCAGACCCUCGCCAACGACGUCGCUCUCCUGCACCUCUCCCGCCCUGUCAACACUGCAAUUGCUCCGCACAUCGGCGCCGUCUGCUUGCCUUCUCAGGGCCAGAUCUUCCAGGGACGGAAAUGCGUCGUGUCGGGCUGGGGCGGCGACCCGAACAUCCCCGGCAACGCCUUCCAGAAUCUUCUCCGUGUGGUCGAGGUCCCGAUGGUCGACCCCUUCGCCUGCCAGCAGCGCCUCGGAACCGCCCGCCUCGGAGCCAACUUCACCCUCGACCAAACGUCCUUCGUCUGCGCUGGGGGAGUCGAAGGGAACGACGCGUGCACCGGCGAUGGCGGGUCUCCUCUUGUGUGUCUGAACGAUAACAGAAGCUGGACAUUGGUUGGCCUGGUUGCCUGGGGUCUCGGCUGCGCCCAGAGGGAAGUUCCAGGUGUCUAUGUCAACGUUGCCUCGUAUACCAACUUCAUCCGACAGUUUGUAAGGUUCUGAUACACCGACG